AUGGUAUUCAAUAAUGGCAAUAAUAUCCAGAAAUUCCAUAAAUACGACCCUGCAUUGAAAAGAGACAUAGUUAAGCCUUAUGGAGUGCCGGUGUCUAUUGUCUCAGAUCGUGAUCCUCGUUUUUCAUCUCGAUUUUGGAGUAGUUUCCAUGCAGCUUUUGAUUUUCGGGGCAGUUGGGAGGAUCACAUUCCAUUGGUUGAGUUCGCUUAUAAUAACAGCUAUCAGGCUGAGGUUGGUGAUGGUAGUUUAUUGGGGCCAGAGUUGGUGCAAGAGACUACAGAGAAGGUUGCCAUCAUUCGAGAUCGACUUCGCAUAGCUCAGAGUCGACAGAAGAGCUAUGCAGAUCGACGCCGUCGUGCUUUGGAGUUUAGUAUGGAGAGGAUUGGGGAGGUGGCGUAUAGAUUAGCUUUACCACCCAGACUAUCGACUGUUCAUGAUGUUUUCCAUGUCUCCAUGUUGAGGAGGUGCUUGAGGGAUGAAACUCAGGCCAUUGACUGCACAGAGGUCCAGAUUCGUCAUAAUGCAACCUAUGUUGAGAUGCCUGUUCGCAUUGUUGACAGUAUGGUGAAACAGUUGAGGCGGGCAGAGAUACCUUUGAUGAAGGUGCAGUGGAAUCAUCAGGACGAGAGAGAGGCUACUUGGGAGCUAGAGUCAGAAAUGAAGGAAAAGUACCCACAACUCUUCGAAUAA